AUGAUGGCGGCGCCCUACUACGGAGGCCCUGCGCCGGGGGCGGCGGCGGUGCCGGCGCCGGCCCCUGUGGCGGUGGUGUCCCCGCAGUUCUGCGCGCCGUACGUGGUGCCCCUGACGGUGACCAAGAAGGCCAUCAGCCUCUCCGACGGCGACUUCACCGUCACCGACGCCAACGGCGCCGUCGUGCUGCGGGUCAAGGGCGCCAUCUUCAGCGUCCGCCACCGCCGCGUCCUCCUCGACGCCGCCGGCCAGCCCAUCCUCUCCAUGCAGGAGAAGGUAUUCAGCAUGCACAACAGGUGGGAGGUCUUCAGAGGGGAUAGCUCGAACGCAAGUGAUUUGCUCUUCACCGCGAAGAAAUCUUCAAUCAUCCAACUGAAGACAGAGAUGGAUAUCUUCCUGGCUUCCAACACCGCGCAGCAGGUGUGCGAUUUCAAGAUCAAGGGCAGCUACUUCGACAGGUCGUGCGCCUUCUAUCUUGGCGACUCCUACAACAUGAUUGCUCAGAUGAACCGUCAGUUUACUGUCUCGAAUGUACUGCUUGGAAAGGACACGUUCGGUGUUACCGUGUUCCCACAUGUUGACUUCGUGUUCAUCGCAGCUCUCGUUGUGAUACUGGAUGAGAUUCAUAGGGAACGAUCCGACUGA